CAAAAAAUUUGAUCGAAACUUAUAUGUCUGUUAUAAUCUACCAAAAUAAGAAUUCUCUGAUUAAAAAACAAAUAAUUCCUUCUCAAGUUACCGCACCUGUUUUUAAUUAUCUGGAUUUUUUACAAACUCUUGAUUUAUUGGAAUUAUCCGCUACAAUUCAUGAUGGUAUGAAUCCAAAACAUCUCACGGAAAAUUCAAAAAAGCAUCAAUUUCCUUCGAUCAGUCAAUGGUGUCAAUUUAUAAGAGUUCCUUCUGUAGAUAUUCAUUCUGAUCAUCUAAAUAACAAAAAUCUCAAAAAGAAGGUCGAUUUUUAUGCUGUUCUACAAUUCCUUUCUACAAAACAUUCUUCAAACUCUUCACCAAAUUCUUCAACUUCUUCAACUCGUGUCAACAAAAAUACUGAAAUGUCUGCUGAUCGAAUUGCUCACAUAUUUUGCAAAAUUUUCUCAAAACGUUGUCCGAAACUUCAUCAAUUAUCCGUGGAUUUGGUUUCUAGGCGUUGUAAUUUAGAUGAAUUUCCUUGUAAUUCUCUAAACUCAAGAUUAUCCGGUUUUUCUACUAAAUUUUUUCGUCCAAAAUUUAAUCAUUCUCAAUUAACUCAUCUAAUUUGCACUACAAAAGUUUCAAAACGUGAUCUCUUUACUACCCUAGCAAAAGACGCUCACAAUAUUUCAAAACUUGAUGUUUGCAUAGAUUAUUUAGACCAUAACCAAUACUUUUGUGAAAGAAUUAUAGAUGUUUCUUAUGUUGAAUUAGAAGCUUUAAGUUUAUCAACUCUUAUCAAAUCUCAAAAACGUCUCACUCACCUUUCUUUACAUACUUUUCCCGCUGGAUUACAGGCUAUUUGUUCUGCUAUUCAUCUUCAUUCAAAUUCUCUACGUUCUUUAAGUUUCGUCGGUGUUUUCUUUUAUGGUUGGGAAAUUUUACCUAUUCUCGCUCCUUUAAGGAUGCUCGAAAAACUACAUUGUGAUUCUUGUCAUUUCCAAUUAGUUUUCGAAUUAACUCCUGAACCUCACCCCCCUGUUCAUUUAAAAUUCCCUUUUCUUUCAAUACUCGAUAUGAGUAAUUCUUAUGUUGAACCCCAAAUUAUGAAAUACAUUUUAAACGCUUCUUCUAGAAAUUUACAAUACCUUGAUCUUGGAAAAAAAAUUCAAGAUCCAAAAUCACCUGAUGAUUCAACUAUAAUGUUUGGUUCCGUGGCAAACAAAUUUCCUGAUCUUAAAUAUCUUAAAACUUCUUUUCAUGAAACUGAAAUUUCUCAACUUCUUUCAGUUUUCGAAAAUUGCAAGAAAUUAGAAACUUUUAUUCUUUGUCAAUUAGAAAGUCUAAAUUCUCAUGGGAUGAACGAAUUAUUAAAGAGUUUAACUAAUUUUAGGUUACCAAAUUUGAAACAUUUUGGUAUAAGAGGUUCAAAUUACGUUUUUUCCCCUUCAAAUUUACAAGUCUUUUUAAGUUCUUUGAAUGAAAAUGGUGGAAUUAAUUUGAAAACUUUGGAAAUUAGUACUUCGAAUUGUUUUAAUAACGAACAUUUAAAAGUUAUUAUAGAAUACGCGGUAGAUGUAAAAUCUUUGAAUAAGUUGGAUCUAAAGGUUUAUAGAGAGUUAAAUAAGGAUCUGGUGAAGCAAGCUUGCGAGAAGGUUAAAGAUGUUAAAUAUGAAUUGUGGAAUGUUGAAGAACAAAAAUGGCAAAAUAAAUUGUAA